GACAAGUUGAAAGCCUAUUGUGAAGAAUUAGGCCUGCAGCUUCUGCACUUCACCGCAGACGGCCACGCUGUUUACGCCCGCGCCCCGGUGCCCUAACUGAACCCCUGGGCUUACUAAUUGCAUACUGACACAACUAUUAACUGCUUCAAUCACUCGCAUCAAUUCAGCGUGCGUCCCCGCGAACUCGCUGGCAGAACCUCCCCGCGUGCCCUCGCUCGGCCCUCACCAGCCCUCGGAGCCCCCCGAACCUCCCCCCAGCCGCCCAGGGCUGUAAUCACGCAGCCCGGCGCCCCCCGUUUGUAGACAGCAGUCCGCACACCAAACGUAUAAACAAAUUAUACUUUUCUAAAGCAAAGAGAAUAGCCGAGGAGCUCAGUCCAAGGGAUGGCAACAACUGGCCGGCUCCACGUCGCGGAGGCGCCCUCAUCGAGCAGCUCGCGAAUGCUCAGCUGCCCAUCUGCAAGCCCAUACGCUAGCAGGCCUGAAAUCGGCCCGUUCUGGGGCUGCCUGCAACUGUAUGCGGAGGGCUUCUACGGCGUACUCGUGCCCGACGUGGAGGACGCGGACGCAGCUGGAGACAGCAAGGAGGAGGCUAUUCAGGAAACAACUAAGAAGCUUAGCUCUCAGCUGAAGCGGAUGCCGCGUGACGCGUGGCCGGCUGCAUCGGACCUCCAAACCGCGGCAGCGAAGGCCCGCGCGGUUGUUCAAGCCGAUGGUGGCGAGUUUAUCCACGAGGAGUCUUGGGAGAUGGUGCAGGUGCCGGUAGACUUCAGCCUCGUGGCGGAUCUGCCGAGCGCCGUGCUUGAGCAGCUGCACAAGGAAUACUGCACCUAGCGUCUGGUGAUGUCUGUCGUUCAGGCAAGCCCUGCUGCAGCUCUGCUCUGCUGACAGUGCCUCUGCCUGAGCCGGUGGCACUGCUCCUCCAGCUGGGAUGGCAGCCUGGGAGUUGUAAUUCCGAUACUUCGGGAGCUUCCGAGAUGGGAGCCGGCCUUCGUGUGCCCGAGGCUGCUGCCUGGUAGGGAUGUGAUAACAGCAUUGAAGAUGUUUGCGGUUGUGGGCAACACAGGUCCGCUGUAGGUGGUUGCAGUGUGGGAAUGCUGACUUUGGGAGAAUGUCUGAAGGUUAAACGGGUUCAAGGUGGAAGCUGAGGUGAGGGAGGGGACACGGCACUAAGUGCUUAAGCUUGAAAAGCCAGUGCAUGUGCACCUGGUUGGAGUCUGAGACCGCUGAGUGGGACCAGUCAGGUUGGUAUGAAACACCAUUGGACACAACCAUCUGUAAUGGCUGCAAUUCUAAGCUAACUGCAUGGCGCCUCUGGAUGUGUGGUGCACCGGACCACAAUGGCGGGCGGCUUGAGGGCCUGCCUCAGUGUUGGCACCUGGCUGGAGCUGCUCUGAGGCACCUGCACGUGUAAGACUAAGCGACG